UCGCUCUCUCUCUCUCUUCUCUUUGCUUUGAUUUCCUCACAACCCCCUUUUUCCAAUUUUCUUUCUUUAUAGUUUGUCUGAAAAAAAGCAAUAAAGACUCAAUUUUUAUUUUUGGUCGGAAAGUGACGUUUUGAUUCUUGGUGGUGCCAAGAAAAUAUAUAUAUAUAUAACAAAAUAUAUAUAUGCAGGAGGAGAGAAACAAGGCAUAGUAAGAAAGCAUGGAUAAUUGUUAUAAUGGAGGAUUCGGCGUUGAUUUCUCCACGGCGGGUUCCGGCGGCGGCGACCACCACCAGCAGCAGCAGCUGAAGGCGGAGAUCGCCGCACACCCUCUGUACGAGCAGGUGCUGUCGGCACACGUGGCGUGCCUGCGCGUGGCCACGCCUAUCGAUCAGCUUUCACUGAUCGACGCUCAGCUUUCUCAGUCUCACAAUCUCUUGCGCUCUUAUGCACAAAACGCCACUCAUAACUCACUCACUCAGCAUCAAAGGCAAGAACUCGACGAUUUCUUGGCGCAGUACAUGGUGGUAUUGUGUUCAUUCAGAGAGCAGCUGCACAGCCACGUCAGAGUUCAUGCUGUUGAAGCUGUCAUUGCCUGCCGUGAAAUUGAACACAACUUCCAAUCUCUUACUGGAGUGACACUUGAAGAAGGAAACGGUGCAACAAUGUCGGACGACGAAGAAGAGCUGCAAAUGGAUUUCUCGUUGGAUCAAUCUUUAGCUAACGAUAAUGACCUAAUGGGCUUCGGCCCGUUGCUUCCUACAGAAUCGGAGAGGUCUUUAAUGGAACGAGUUAGACAGGAACUGAAAAUCGAGCUUAAACAGGGAUUUAAGUCGAAAAUCGAAGACGUGAGAGAGGAAAUACUAAGAAAAAGAAGGGCCGGAAAAUUGCCCGGCGACACAACUAGCGUGCUGAAAGAUUGGUGGCAGCAGCAUUCGAAGUGGCCUUAUCCAACGGAAGACGACAAGGCGAAGCUGGUGGAGCAGACGGGGCUGCAGCUGAAGCAAAUAAACAACUGGUUCAUCAACCAGAGGAAGAGGAACUGGCACAGCCAAUCGCAGUCCGCCACGUCGCUCAAGUCGAAGCGCAAGAGAUGAGAGAAUUAUUAAUCCAUUAUUAUUAUUAUAUACAAAUACUUUUUACUAGGUUUUUGUAUAUCAAGAUUCUACCUUUUAACUCCUUACAAUAGAAAUUGAAUGAAAUGGUGACUAAUUGUUUUUUUUUAUCUUUA